GUAUCUUAGCCUUUUCUCAUAUUUUGCCGUCACUUUUCCAACCGGCCAAACAGACCAACCAAGGUACAAAGCUCUCUGGCGAACAAACAACAACUUUGACUUUAUUUUUCUCUCUUUUUAUAUAUCCACUCCAAUCAUCACAACAUCUGAUAUUCUCCGGCAUCAAUGUCAGACUUACCGAUCUUUUAAUUUGGAUGAAUGAACGAGUUUGAUUUUGGAUCAGAGGACGCGGCUUUUUGCGGCGGUGUGUGGCGGUGAGAUCGACGGAGAUCGGUUGUGAAUUAAGGAAUUUACAGCCGUGUGCGGCGGAACAGAGGUGGCGGAAAUUGAAAGCGUGUAGAGAGUGAAUUACAGACUCGGUUCUCUGUUUUGAAGCAAUACGGAUAGAGCAGUUGUUUUUUUGUUCAGUGUUCACUAAUCAAAUAGACAGGUUCCUGAAUUGUCACACUUGCCAGAAUAGUGGAUGAAUGCUUCGCAGCUGCUAAGAGUUCUUCAAAGUCUCCCAACCCAUGUAAACCAUGAAGCCUGCAACAGCGCUAAUGACACAGCUGGACCGAAGGCAACCAUGAAGGAAAAUCAUAAUGUAAUCUUGUGUGAUCAAAAGGACUGUGAGAGGGAUGAAGAUCUAUUAGCAUCUGACACAGCUGGAUCGAAGACAACCAUGAAGGAAAACCAGAAUGGGACUUUGUGUGAUUUAAAGGAUUGUGAGAGGGAUGCUGAUCUAUUAGCAUCCGAGAUGAAUGAUAAAGAUGAAUUUUGGAACAGUCCAGAUAUUGACUCUUCUAUGGUUGUGGGUGAUCAUACCAAAGUUGAUAAAGAUGAUGUCAAAGAUUCUGUCACACCAUGUACAAUUCCUUCUGGCAAAAUAGAAUUGUUAGAGGAGACGUAUUUUUACACCGACAAAAAUGUUAUGGAGUGUGAACUGCCGGAGUUGAUAGUUUGUUACAAAGAGAGUACAUAUCAUGUUGUAAAGGACAUUUGCAUUGAUGAGGGAGUGCCUUCUGAGAAGAGGAUUUUGAUUGAAAGCAGUAAGGAUGAUCGCAUGGUUGGCUCUAUCUUUUUACCUUCCAAUGUAGAGGAAAAUGGUGAUAUUAUCAAAGAAAGAGUUGACACUGAAUUGCAGAUUCCUGAUGGGUUUAAAUCUUCAUCUGAAAAAGAUUGUGACGAGAAUACUGCUAAUGAUUCUAGGACCAAAGAAAAAGUGGAUAAUGAAUUGCACAUUCCAGAUGGGUUGAAAUCUGAGUCAGAAAGCAAGGAUGAUAACAAAUAUCCAACUAGGAAUUCAACACAUACAGGUGAAACAAAUUGUUGUACCACUGACUCAAGAGAGAAGUAUGUGGCCGAUGGCAUGCUUUUGGUGCAAGAGUUCAGUAAUCAGAAGUCCCUAGAAUCUCUCUCCAAGUCAUCCGAUCACCAUGGCGAUGAAGUUGAACAACUGACUUGUCAGAUUCCAUGCGCAGAAGUGACUUCUGGAAGCCCUGCUGCGGUAUCUGCUGCUGAAGAACCAAACAGUAGCAAGGCAGAGACCGCCGCCACUUCUGAUUUCAAUUCUUCUACAACCGCAGCUAGCAGCAGAGAUAAGAUCCCUGAAAAUGAAGAUCAUCGACAACCCUGCGAGUCACAAAAUGUGCCUAAUCAUGAGGAUGGGUUUUCUGACAGUCUUUUGGUUGUUAACCAAUUUCAAUAUGCUGAUGGAGAGUCGAGUUUCUCUGCAGCAGUUCCUUUAUCAGGUCUUUUAACUUACUCGGGGCAUAUAGCGUAUUCUGGCAACAUCUCUCUUCGAUCAGAUAGCAGUACAACCAGUACCCGAUCCUUUGCCUUCCCCGUAUUACAAUCUGAAUGGAAUAGCAGCCCAGUAAGAAUGGCAAAAGCCGAUCGGAGACAAUUACGAAAGCAUAGGGGUUGGAGGCAAGGCCUUCUAUGUUGUAGAUUCUAAAUGCUUCUAAUUUAUUCUUAGGCUCUUAGCUCAAAUAUAUACAUCACAGAAAUUUUACACAAUGGUCCGACUAUGAUCCAUAUACAUCUUGAUCUUUUUCUCAGGCUUAGUUUGUCAUGUUCAGUAGGUUGUUCACUACAUUAUGGUUUGAGUUAUGGUUUUGUAUUAUAAGGGUUGAGAUGUAAAUGAUGCAUUAUAUUCUGUUUUAAUCUUCAUCUAUUUUACCCAGUUGUUCCGAAAUUA